AUCCGAAUGCUGUAAAGGGCUGUAAAGGAAGAAGAUGCAGACCCUCGCCGUCACGCCUCGUCUGUCUCCGCCCAGUUUCCGUCAAAUCCCGAAGCUUUCCGUUAACGGCGUUAGCAGGAGCUCCGUCGCCUUCCCCACGCGCCGCUCCUUCUCCGUCCCUUCAUUCAAAUGCUCCGCUCUCUCCACUCCGUCCGUCGACUCUGAUGACGCGGUUAAAUUUAUUGAGGCAUCAAAGAGUGGAAACCUGGUGCCGCUUUAUCGCUGCAUAUUCUCCGAUCAUCUGACGCCAGUUUUGGCAUACAGAUGUUUGGUUAAAGAAGACGAUCGAGAGGCGCCAAGCUUUUUAUUUGAAUCCGUCGAGCAAGGAUUCCGUGCAUCAAAUGUCGGGCGUUAUAGUGUGGUGGGAGCUCAGCCGACGAUGGAGAUCGUGGCAAAGGAGAAUUUGGUUACAAUCAUGGACCAUGAGGAAGGGAGGAGGACAGAAGAGUUUGUUGAGGAUCCAAUGGGGAUCCCGAGGAAAAUAAUGGAAGGUUGGAGUCCCCAACUUAUUGAUGAUCUUCCAGAUGCCUUUUGUGGAGGAUGGGUGGGCUAUUUUUCAUAUGAUACUGUCCGAUACGUGGAGAAGAAAAAGUUACCUUUCUCAAGUGCUCCUGAGGAUGAUAGAAACCUCCCAGAUGUUCAUUUAGGACUCUAUGAUGAUGUCAUAGUGUUUGAUCACGUGGAAAAGAAAGCUUAUGUAAUUCAUUGGGUGCGGCUAGAUAAGUACUCCUCUGCCGAGGAGGCCUACAAUGAUGGAAUAAACCGGUUGGAGAUUUUGUUGUCCAGGGUACUAGAUAUCGAUCCCCCAAGAUUAGCAGCAGGUUCAGUGAAACUGUAUACUCGUCUUUUUGGUUCUUCAUUGAAGGAGUCAUCCAUGACAAGUGAAGCAUUUAAGAAGGUGGUUAUGCAGGCGAAAGAGCAUAUCCUGGCAGGAGAUAUUUUUCAGAUUGUGUUGAGUCAGCGUUUUGAACGUCGAACAUUUGCAGACCCUUUUGAAGUAUAUAGAGCAUUGAGAGUUGUGAAUCCGAGUCCAUACAUGACUUACUUACAGGCUAGAGGAUGCAUUCUGGUUGCUUCAAGCCCUGAAAUUCUAACUCGUGUGAAGAAGAAGAAAGUUGUUAACCGACCUCUUGCUGGGACUGUUAGAAGAGGCAAAACAGAUAAGGAGGAUGAUUUGUUAGAAAAGCAGCUACUGAGUGAUGAAAAGCAAUGUGCCGAGCACAUAAUGCUGGUCGAUUUGGGACGGAAUGAUGUUGGAAAGGUUUCCAAGCAUGGUUCUGUAAAGGUGGAGAAACUCAUGAAUAUUGAAAGAUACUCUCAUGUGAUGCACAUCAGCUCCACGGUCACAGGAGAGCUAUUUGAUCAUCUCACUUCCUGGGAUGCUCUGCGUUCUGCUUUGCCUGUUGGAACCGUGAGCGGAGCACCAAAGGUAAAAGCAAUGGAGUUGAUAGAUCGGUUGGAAGUCACAAGACGAGGGCCAUACAGUGGUGGGUUUGGGGGUGUGUCAUUUACUGGUGAUAUGGACAUAGCACUCGCUCUCCGGACCAUCAUUUUCCCGACUAGCACCCGUUAUGAUACAAUGUACUCGUACAAGGAUGUGCACAGGCGCCGAGAAUGGGUGGCCCACCUUCAGUCUGGUGCAGGCAUUGUGGCCGACAGUGAUCCUGAUGAUGAGCAGAGAGAGUGUGAGAAUAAAGCAGCCGGUCUUGCCCGUGCCAUUGAUCUUGCAGAGUCAACAUUCGUUGAGAAAUGAUGACAUCGUUAUCUGUUUGAAGGGGGCUCAGCAUUUCUACCUUUUGUGAUGAUGUGAGUUACUUUGGUAGGGAAAAAACACCAAUAGGCAGCAAUACUGUUUUGCCCUAAAUUUGGGAAUUUUGUUCUAUUUCAGUCUGCAUAUCAAGUGGUAGUUAUUCAACUGAUGGUGUGAAUUCAAGGUUUGUGGAUGGUCCUCUUUGGUUA